CCCGCGCCGUGCUUCACCUCAGGUGCUGAGCGGUCCCGAGGUGGCGACGGCGUCAGCUGACGAGGUCUGGGGGGGCCAGAUCCCACAGCUCUCCCGCCGCGGCUGGGUCGGUCUGCACGGGAGGCGGUGGGCAGGCCGCGGGUCCCCGCUUCCGGCCUGCCGGGGGCCCUGAGUCUCUCCCUCGGCCGUGGUCGCCUCGCUUCCGCCGUGGGACUUGGCGACCAUUUCAGAAAUGUCUUCUAGAAGUCCAAAAGACUUAAUUAAGAGUAAGUGGGGACUAAAGCCUAAUAACUCCAAGUCAGAAACUGAAUUACAGAAAUUUAAGGGUGAAAUUUCAUCUUUAAAAACAUCAAUGGAUGAACUCACAAAUGGAAAAGGAAAACUGACUGAUAAAGAUAAACACAGACUUUUGGAGAAAAUUCGAAUUCUUGAAGCUGAGAAAGAGAAAAAUGCUUACUACCUCACAGAGAAAGACAAAGAAAUACAGCAACUCAGAGACCAGCUAAAGACCAGAUAUAAUACGACUGCAUUGCUUGAACAGCUGGAAGAGAAAACCAAGGAAGGUGAAAGGAGGGAACAGUUGUUGAAAUCCUUAUCUGAAGAGACAGAUGUACUGAAGAAACAGUUGUCUGCCGCGACAGCAAGACUUGCUGAACUUGAAAGCAAAGCCAGUACCAUCCGUUUAUCACAGACUUCGGCUACUGGCUGCCUCAACUCAUCAAUGAGUAACAUUCAUGAGAUGGAACUGCAACUAAAAGAUGCCCUCGAGAAGAAUCAGCAGUGGCUUGUGUAUGAUCAGCAGCGUGAGGUCUACGUUAAAGGACUUUUAGCAAAGAUCUUUGAGCUGGAACAGAAAACAGGAGCAGCUGCUCCUUCACUCCUACAGCAGACACAAAAGACUGAAUCUGAAGCUUUUCUUCAAGAAGAGAAGCAGAAGUAUUACAACCAUUUGUCAAAUGCCAAAAAAGAUCUUGAGGUCGAACGCCAAACCAUAACUCGGUUGAAUUUUGAACUUAGUGAAUUUCGAAGAAAAUAUGAAGAAACUCAAAAAGAAGUUCAUGAUUUAAAUAAGCUGUUGCGUUCACAAAGAAAUGCAGAUGUACAACAGCUGGAAGAGAGCAGGCAUAAAACAGAGAAAAUACAAAGACUUAAGGAAGAGAAUGAUAUUGCCAGGGAAAAACUUGAAGAAGAGAGGAAGAGAUCUGAAGAGCUCUUAUCUCAGGUCCGGUUUCUUUACAGGUCUCUGCUAAAGCAGCAAGAGGAACAAGCAAGGGUGGCUCUGUUGGAACAACAGAUGCAGGCAUGUACUUUAGACUUUGAAAAUGAAAAACUUGACCGGCAAAAUAUGCAACAUCAACUACAUGUAAUUCUUAAGGAACUUCGUAAAGCAAGUAAUCAAAUAACACAAUUGGAAUCCUUGAAACAGCUUCAUGAGUUUGCCUUCACAGAGCCAUCUGUUGCUUCCCAAGGAGAAAGUGAAAACAGAAGAAAAAUUACCUCACCCAAAAAUCCCAGUGCUGCACUCAAUGAAAGCCUGGUAGAAUGUCCCAAGUGCAAUGUCCAGUAUCCAGCUACCGAGCAUCGAGAUCUGCUCGUCCACGUUGAAUACUGUUCUGAGUAGCAGAAUCGUUAUUGCUGGGUUUUGUGCAGAAAGAUUCAAUACUGUAUCUUAUGUUUGCUUAGGGACAUCUUUGAUUACAUAGGCCACCUCUUGCACAUGAAGCUGCCCAUCUACCUUUGACACCAGAGGUAGUGGUGUGCCUGGAAAUCACUGCAUCUCCCCAAAUGCUGCUUUGCAUUUUCCUUGGCACUGAUUAUUCUCUGUAGUGGAUCACCAGGCUGCAGUGACAGAUGUGGUGAGCAGUGGGGAUUGAGACUACUAAUGUUUUGCACUGUUGAAAUACUUGACAAAGCGAAGAUAGCUACUGCCUGUAGGUUAAAUCUGUUGCACUAGCAAGCAAAUACUUGUUUGGGGGAGCUUUACAAGUCAAAAGUAAUUAACUGUCUUACUGUGUUGACUUUUUUAAAUUUAAUAGCUUUACUUAGUAUACUGACAAUUCCAGUUUUGAUAUCAACAGUUAAAAGGUGGUAGUAGUAUUUUCAUUUUUUUCUUGCGAUUAUAGAGCGGUUACUAGAAAAGUUAGGAAUUUUCACAACCUUUAUUGCUGCUUCCUGUUGAAACUGUAAAUCCAGCCAUCUAAGCACAAAGCAGAUUUUGCUUGAGGAAUACUUUUAAGUAGCCACACACAGUGUUUUCUCUCAUUAUCUGGCUGUAACUUUAACUUGGAUUUCAUUAGUACCAGUUGGGUUAGUUAAAAUUGUUAAAAUUAAUUUUAACAAAACUAGCCUUCUGGUUUUACAGCUUUUUUUUAUUCUUAUUUUUGCAUUGUUAAAACUGGGCAAUGUAAUUGUCAGAUACUAUUUUGGAAAGAUAUUUUUAUACAUACUUUAUGUAAACUGAAAGUUUUAUUUCUUCAGUUUUUCUGACAUCCUUAACACUGGGCUACUGUUAGCAAUAUAAAGGA